GCAGGCUAUUUGAGGUGGAGCCUUUGUUGCUUUCCAGCCUAAAAACCUCUAUUUCAGAAAGUUGAAACUUCAAGGCCCCUUCCAUGGCUCCUCUCAUGUUCUUUCUCCUGUUGGGCCAAAUCCUGCUCUGCACAGGCGUCGACACCAUCAACUCCGCCACACCGUUGUCCGGGUCACAGAAGAUUGUGUCCCAGGGCAGCAAGUUCACCUUGGGCUUCUACUCCCCGCCCCAAACGCAAAGUAACACCAUCUCUUUCACCUCUGGCAAUUACUACCACAUAGGCAUAUGGUACAGCACUGUACCACUGCUGACCCCCGUGUGGACGGCAACCGCCGACGUGCUGGUGUCUGACCCGACCACGGCGUCCUUGGAAAUCGCCAAGGACGGCAACCUUGUCCUCCGUGAUCAUGCCAAGAACCGGCAUCUAUGGUCGACCAACGUGAGUAUAUCCUCCAACUCCACCAUGGCCAUCAUCAGGGACAGUGGGAGCCUCGACCUCACCGAUGCCUCCAAUUCAUCCAUGGUUUAUUGGCGAAGCGUAGACCAUCCCACAGACACCUGGCUUCCGGGGGGCAAGCUCAGAAUAAACAGGAUCACUGGUGUGAGCAACAGGCUUGUUUCUUGGAAGAACAGCGGAGACCCAUCGCCUGGGCUCUUCUCUGUGGAGCUAGACCCAAACGGCACUGCACAGUUUUUAAUCCAGUGGAACGAAUCCGUAAACUACUGGACCAGUGGCCUCUGGAACGGCAAGUACUUCAGCCAUAUGCCAGAGGGUACCAGUAAUUUUUUUGACUUCCAGUUCGUCAACAACGCCACAGAAGCCUACCUCUUCUAUUCGAUGAAGGAUGAUUUACAAAUCUGGCGGUUCGUCAUUGACGAGAGCGGACAGAUGAAGCACCUGACGUGGUUUGAUUCCCUACAAGCAUGGUUCGUGUUAUGGGCCCAGCCACGGGCACCGUGCGACGUGUAUGCGCUUUGUGGGGCAUACGGCAGCUGCACCAACACCCUCAAUGUCAGUGACACGUACUGCAACUGUUUUAAGGGGUUCAGCCAGAAGGUUCAGAGCGACUGGAACCUCCAAGAUUACAGUGGUGGGUGCAAGAGGAACAUACCAUUGCAGUGUCAGACCAACUCGACUUCUGCACAGACUCAGUCUGAUAAGUUCUAUGUCAUGGAAGAUGUGAGGCUGCCUGAUAAUGCUCGGGGUGCAGUGGCUAAAAGCUCUCAACAAUGUCAGGUGGCUUGUCUGAAUAAUUGCUCUUGCACUGCUUACGCUUACAGUUAUGCCGGGUGCGUUGUUUGGCAUGGGGACCUGAUUAACCUCCAAAAUCAAAACAGCGGAGAAGGACGAGGCACACUCCUCCUCAGGCUUGCAGCCUCCGAGCUGGGAUACCCAAAGAAGAGAGAAACAGUGAUCAUUGCUUCAACUGUUGGUGGAGCUGCUGUGCUUUUGACAGCCCUUGCAAUUGCGGUGUUCUUCCUAUUUCAGAAACACCUCCGAGACCGAACUCCUCGGAAAUCCAAGAAUGCUGAGGUUGCACUGUCUGACUCCAGGUACAAUGAUCUGUUGGAUGAUAUUCUAAGCAUCGAUUCACUUCUUCUUGAUCUAUCAACACUGAGGGUGGCAACAAAUCACUUCGGCGAAGGAAAUAUGCUUGGUAAAGGAGGUUUUGGGAUGGUUCAUAAGGGAGUCCUACCCGACGGUAAACAAAUAGCAGUAAAAAGACUAUGUAAGAGUUCCAGACAAGGAAUAGAGGAACUCAAAAGUGAACUUGUCUUGGUCGCUAAGCUUCGCCACAGGAACCUUGUGAGCCUCAUUGGUGUUUGUUUGGAAGAACAAGAGAAAAUACUUGUGUAUGAGUUUAUGCCCAACAGAAGCCUUGACACCAUUCUUUUUGAUUCUGAGAAACGCAAAGACCUAGACUGGGGAAGGAGAUUCAAGAUUAUCAAUGGGGUUGCUAGGGGACUGCAGUAUCUCCAUGAAGAUUCUCAAUUGAAGAUAGUUCACCGUGACCUGAAAGCAAGCAAUAUUCUAUUGGACUUUGAUUACAACCCUAAGAUUUCUGACUUUGGCUUAGCAAAGAUAUUUGGAGGGGAUCAAUCAGAAGAUGUCACUCGGCGCAUCGCUGGGACAUACGGAUACAUGUCGCCUGAAUAUGCCAUGCAUGGUCAAUAUUCGGCAAGGUCUGACGCAUUCAGCUUCGGUGUUUUGGUUUUGGAGAUCGUCAUGGGAAGAAGAAACAAUGGCUCCUGCAACUCCGAGCAACAUAUCUAUCUCGUAAAUCUUGUAUGGGAGCACUGGACCAGGGGAAAUGUCAUCGAGUUGAUUGAUCCAUGCCUUAGCGACCAUCCUUCUUUUCACGCUGACCAGGUCAUGAAGUGCAUCCAAAUCGGGUUGCUGUGUGUGCAGAACAGGCAUGAAGAUAGGCCGGCCAUGUCCUCGGUGAAUGUCAUGCUUAGCAGCCAGGGUGCUCGCCUCCCUUCUGUUUCCAUGCCAGCCUUCUCUGACGGAUUGCAUGGACGCGGUGAUAAUAAUUCAAAAGCGGCGUCCUCAAAUGGAAUGACCAUCACAAAGAUCGAGCCAAGAUGAACCCUGAAGCAGUUGCUGAACCAGAUUCACUAUCUUUUUAGAGUCCGGUUUCAAGUACCUGGUGGUGCGUCUGUGUCGUUGCUAUGAUGAAAAGUCUUUAUGUGAUGUGGAAAGAGUUUUGCUGUGAAGUGGGAUUAUGAUAUUGCUGCUGGAAAAAAUGUUAGCGGUAUUAUUAGGAGUCAUAUAUGGCUCAUACAAAUACAUGUAUCAAUAAUGAAUUUUGUGGCCUUUCCAUUUUGACAAUCUUCAAAAAUUAGCUUUUGUUC